AGUUUACCCAGCUUUGGACCCUAUCUGCUUGAGAAGAAGAAGGUUUUGGCCGACUACAAGAAGGCAGUGAGAGACUAUGGUGAGAAGACCACAGUAGUGGAAGCCAAUGGCACCAGAACUUACACCCCCAAGAGACCAGUCCCAGCUGUCAAGGUAAGAGAGCAGAACACCCCUUAGUUCUCCCAUAGUACUUUUAAAAUAUGUUUUUGAGGUACUGUAGAAUGCAUACCCAAUACAUUGCUUCAUUCUUAGUAGUAUACUAGUGUAGAUAUUGGAACAGAUGCCUAGAUUUAGCCAUAAUGGUUACAAGGCAUGUAAGAUACAGUAUGUGACUGAGACCAGGUCGUUAGAUCAGUGUGUGUUGCCAUAGAGAUCCUAUAUAUUUCUAUAAUAUGUUCUAUAUGUAAUUAUGUUGUGUUGCCUUGUUCCCAGGAUGUUAUAGCCAGGGCUCUGAAGCACAUCGGUGCAUACGGGGAGCUGAACAACACAGAGCAGGUCAAGGCUCUAAUAGAUGAGGAAAUGUGUAUCAACUGUGGCAAGUGCUACAUGACCUGCAAUGACUCUGGAUACCAGGUACAUACUGUACUGUACAUCCCCUCCAUUUAUUUGAAGCACACACUCACUCAGAGACACUUACUCGGGAACAAGUCUAAUCAAAGCCUGUUUAAAGAGUGGCCCUUACUAUAUACUAUAUAAAGCAUAGUUUUCAUUACAGUCACAGUGAUAAACAUUAGUAGUGAAAAACUCUCUCUCUCUCUCUCUCUCUCUCUCUCUCUCUCUCUCUCUCUCUCUCUCUCUCUCUCUCUCUCUCUCUCUCUCUCUCUCUCUUGCUCUGUGAAAGUACCUCUGCGGAGGAAGGAACAGUGUGACAGUUUUAUUAAAGAAUGAAUCUCCUCUUCUUCCCUGGUAAAUAAAUGUCCCCAUUAUCUAUCAGCAGAAGUAUUGAUGAAGUAGCUCGGCCUGUUCUAUCAGAGCACAUUGUCUGUGAGUGGAUCUCUGAGAGGGAUUAUAUGUUAUUAAUGGUUCCUAAUAAAGACCGGCAUUCAUCAGGAUAAUGUGUCUCCAUCACAUAGGUGGUUCCACACACACACGCAUGCUUGCACGCACACACACAGACACAUACAUACACACCAACACAAUGCAUAAUAGCACAAUUUUUUUUAUAUACAGUACCAGUCAAUAGUUUGGACACACAUACUCAUUCCAGGGUUUUUCUUUAUUUUUAGUAUUUUCUACAUUGUAGAAUAAUAGUGAAGACAUCAAAACUAUGAAAUAACACAUAUGGAAUCAUGUAGUAACCAAAAAAGUGUUAAACAAAUCAAAAUAUAUUUUAUAUUUGAGAUUCUUCAAAGUAGCCACCCUUUGCCUUGAUGACAGCUUUGCACACUCUUGGCAUUCUCUCAACCAGCUUCAUGAGGAAUGCUUUUCCAACAGUCUUGAAGGAGUUCCCACAUAUGCUCAGCACUUGUUGGCUGCUUUUCCUUCACUUUGCGGUCCAACUCAUCCCAAACCAUCUCAAUUGGGUUGAGGUCGGGUGAUUGUGGAGGCCAGGUCAUCUGAUGCAGCACUCCAUCACUCUCCUUCUUGGUAAAAUAGCCCUUACACAGCCUGGAGGUGUGUUUUGGGUCAUUGUCCUGUUGAAAAACAAAUGGUAGUCCCACUAAGCCCAAACCAGAUGGGAUAGUGUAUCGCUGCAGAAUGCUGUGGUAGCCAUGCUGGUUAAGUGUGCCUUGAAUUCUAAAUAAAUCACUGAUAGUGUCACCAGCAACGCACCAUCACACCUCCUUCUCCAUGCUUCAUGGUGGGAACCACACAUGUGGAGAUCAUCUGUUCACCUACUCUGCGUCUCACAAAGACACGGCGGUUGGAACCAAAAAUCUCAAAUUUUGACUCAUCAGACCAAAGGACAGAUUUCCACCUGUCUAAUGUCCAUUGCUUGUGUUUCUUGGCCCAAGCAAGUCUCUUCUUCUUAUUGGUGUCCUUUAGUAGUAGUUUCUUUGCAGCAAUUCAAGACUGAUUCACACAGUCUCCUCUGAACAGUUGAUGUUGAGAUGUGUCUGUUACUUGAACUCUGUGAAGCAUUUAUUUGGGCUGCAAUCUGAGGUGCGGUUAACUCUAAUGAACAUAUCCUCUGCAGCAGAGGUAACUCUGGGUCUUCCUUUCCUGUGGCGGUCCUCAUGAGAGCCAGUUUCAUCAUAGCGCUUGAUGGUUUUUGCGACUGCACUUGAAGAAACUUUCAAAGUUCUUGAAAUUUUCCAGAUUGACUGACCUUCAUGUCUUAAAGUAAUAAUGUACUGUCGUUUCUCUUCGCUUAUUUGAGCUGCUCCUGCCAUAAUAUGGACUUUUACCAAAUAGGGCUAUCUUCUGUAUACCACCCCUACCUUGUCACAGCACAACUAAUUGGCUCAAAUGAACUUUUAACAAGGCACAAUUGUUAAUUGAAAUGCAUUCCAGGUGACUACCUCAUGAAGCUGGUUGAGAGAAUGAGUAGGUGUGUCCAAACUUUUGACUGGUACUCUAUAUAUUUUAAUUAAUAUUACAAUUAGGGUUAGAUAUAGAUGUCCCCUGAAUGAUUUUCACGACAAUAUGCUGAAGACAUCUGUUGUAAAUAUGUAUGCAUUUUAUGAUAGCGCCUGGACGAUAAACAUAAAGGUUUAAAUUGUGUAUCAACAUGAUGAAUUGACGGCAAUAUGCAAUACCAUGCAGUUUCCGUGAGGGCAGUUUAUACAUGUUCAGAGCAAGAUGAUUUAAAUAGAACGCAAUAUUAUUACAAAUCCACUGUGUAACAAGGCUACCUGUGAUAACAGACUACACAAUAGGCCUUGUUGAUAUAACAGUGCAGAACACAUUAGUCUACUAGCCACAUAAUGUGGAUGCAUUGCGGGGCUUCCUGUGCUAGCCUAGCACGCUAAAACCCUGUCUAUGAUGGUCCAUGGCAGCCAUUCCAAACCUUAUAGCCUUUGCUCUCUCUCUCUCUCUCUCUCUCUCUCUCUCUCACUCUCUCUCUCUCUCUCUCUCUGUCUCUCUCUCUCUGUCUCUCUCCUUUCUCACGCUCUCUCUCCUCCCCUCUCUCUCUCUCUCUCUCUCUGCAGGCUAUUUUGUUUGACCCUGAGACCCAUUUCCCUAUAGUUAACGACAGCUGCACCGGCUGCACUCUCUGUCUCAGUGUCUGCCCUAUCAUUGACUGCAUCAAAAUGGUUACCAGGACAACACCGUACGUGCCCAAGAGAGGCCUGCCUCAAGCCGUCAUGCCCGUAUGCUGA